UGGAUACCACUAGCACAAAGCACGGCAAAUCAUAGCAUACAUGCAUGGUCAAAAGCAAUAGAGCAACUGAUCUAUCAUCCAGAGCAAUCUUCUUCGACUAUAUUGAGAGCGGAUAUCUUGUCGGAUGAAGAGGGAGUAGAUUCAUCUAUAGGCCACCUAAGAUGUAAGAGAAGGCUCGUUCGCAACAUUCUUCCUCGGAGGCCAAAUCUGGAUAAGAAUUUGGAGCAAGUCUGUGAGGUAUACAUGAAUCGUCAAGGAAGCGAAGGAAUAGCUACACUCACACCGAUUCUACCAAGUGAUAAUGCGGAUGAAGUUCCCUAUUAUCAUCCAAAAGUACGCUCACUGGCAUUUCAUUUUUGCAAAGAUAACGAUGAGUCGGCUAUCACAAGAUUCUAUAUCGUUCCUUCAAGAUUCUAUAUCGUUCCUUUUGAAGAGGAGCAAGCAUUUAAUGCUAUCACAUCACCUCAAUCUAGACUCUCUCGAACAGCAUUACUACUGCUGGAUCUACAAUCACGCCUUGCAUUUGGGGUUGAGAACGGGUACAAAAAACGAGUGGAACACGAUCUGAUUGUGGAUCGAAAAGACUAUCAAGAGUUAUACAUGCAAUUACGUGAUAGACAUGCAUCAUUUUUGAUGGAAACAUGGUGUGAGUCUACUGAUCCUGGAAAACAUGUCUUUGAAGAUUUGGGAAUCGUUACAUUUAUUAUUCUUUUGUGGCGAACAAUUUUUCCGCAAACAAAUGGUAGACCACCUAAUUUUGUCGAUGUAGGAUGCGGGAAUGGUUUGCUGGUCUAUCUCCUCGCAAAAGAGGGCUUUACGGGAUUCGGCGUGGAUGUACAAGCUAGGAAGAGCUGGGAUCAGUAUCGCAAUUGUUGUAGCGAGGUUGACUUGCGUGUAGAAUCAAUUGACCCUCCGGCCAUGUGUUCGGGAACAACUUCAAGUAAUCUUUUCCCUGAAGGCAGCUUUUUGAUUGGCAAUCAUGCAGACGAACUUACGAGUUGGUUACCGUUGAUGGCUCAUUGCACACCAAAUUGUUCUGGUUUGGUCAAUAUACCUUGCUGUCGAUUUGAUUUGGACGGUACAAUUUCAAGUCGAUCAAAAUACCCAAUCGAUGAGAAGGAGAUAGAGGCGAUUGUAGGUAAACAGAAUCUUACCAAAACAAUGCAAGAAAUUCAAAGAGGACCUUUUGCAGAAGCAGACACAACUUCGCGAAAUAUCGCUUAUUUGCGUUAUAUAUCCCAUCUGCAUCUACAAGCAGGUUGGCAAUUGGAAAAGGAGGCUCUUCGCAUCCCAAGCACGAAGAACUGGGCAUUCGUAGGAAGGAAGAGGAUA